UCACGGAUCAACACAAUGUGUUUUUGUUUCAAACAUUGAAAAAUGUCAUAAGUGGGGAAUCGUUUUUAAUAUUUUUGUAACUUUUUACAAAGUCUUUUUAUCUGGGUUUUAAUUGGAUAGAAUGGGGAAACAUCGCAGUAGAAGUGGAUGCGGCAAGAAGAAGAAAUGUCACAGAUCUGGAAAGGUGACCAGAAAUCCAUUUCUAAAUUUCCUGCGUCAAUUUCGUCGUCAGCAUUGUGGAUGGAGCGUGGUCAAGAUAGCAGUGGAAGGUGCAAGGGUUUGGUGCAAGAUGGGAAAGCAUGAGAAGGAAAAGUAUAGACGAGAAGCGAGUUGUGCACCUAAAACUAAAUACAAAAGACGUAAAAGUCGGUGCGGAUCCAAGCACGGUCGAAAACGCUCGAGAAGUCGUCGUUCUAGGAGAUCAAAGCGCUCAGGCGGAUGUCGCAGAUGAAAAUACCAUUCGUUUAAAAAUUUUAAAUUUCAAUUUGUAG